AUGAGCUCGGCUACUAUUCUCAAGGAAGAUGAGAGUCAGCAUUUCUCGCCGUACAGAGCGGAUGGAAAGUUGUAUGGCUUCGUCUGUAUCGUGACGGGCGCGACACAAGCCAUUGGUAAGGCCGUCGUACAUGAGUUGGCAGCUCACGGCGCCGCCUGCAUCUACGCCUGCUCCGACCUGCCUUCUGAUCCAUACCAAGAACUCGCCGACGAAGUCAACAAGCUCUGGCCCAACACAAAAGUCAUCGGCUACCCUUACGGCCUGAAAGAGGAGGAUACAUUGACCCUGAUCGACGAUGUGUUGAACUCUUGGGGUCGUCUCGACGUCUACGUGACAUCUUCCGGCCUCCUCGGCCCCGCCUCAAUCACCCAAACCGCACCAGCAGACCUCUACAAGACCUUUGAAACAAACAGCAUGGCUCCCUUUUUCGCCCUCAAAUACGCACCUCCCGCUAUGGCAAAGACGACACCUAAAGGCAAUUACCCAAAUGCCGCUCCCAAGGAUGUCGCAUAUGGCAGUAUCAUUGUCGUUUCUUCAGUCGCAAGCACCUACGGCGGCUGUUGGGGCCCAGCAUUCACCAUGUCCUCGCACGCCGCCCUCGGUGUCGUGCAUUCAGGUGUGGCGGUGCUGAAGGGUAGUAACGUCCGCAUCAAUGCCAUUUCCCCUGGUCAAAUCGAUGUGGGUGUGAGUUUGCAAGGUAUGGAUAUGAGAGGGUUGAGCAAUCAAUUGCCGCCGUCCGAUUUACAGACCGAAGAAGUCAGAAGAAAGAUCAUUGGCUUGGAGAGGGCGGGGACUGCAAAGGAGGUUGCGAGGGUGGCGGGGUUUUUGGCCAGUGGGUUCAGUAGUUAUGUUACUGGAGCAAACAUGGUCGUUGAUGGAGGCGCAAGCGUGAUGAAUCCGCUUACUGUUCCUAUCUAG